AUGUUUCACACACGACAGAUUACCGAGUUUGUCGACGCUGGAGAGGAUGCGCAAGGACGUGAGGAUAUUGUUGGUGGGAGAGCCCAAAGUGGGGAAGACAUCUCUCAUCAUGUCCCUGGUCAGCGAGGAGUUCCCAAAUGUGGUUCCCUACCGAGCUGAGGAAAUCACCAUACCUGCAGAUGUGACACCAGAGAGAGUUCCUACACACAUUGUGGACUACUCAGAGGCCGAGCAGACAGAUGAGCAGUUGUUUCAGGAGAUAUCCAAGGCAAAUGUGAUUUGCAUCGUCUACUCUGUCAACAACAAGAAGUCCAUAGAAAAGGUGACGAGUCACUGGAUCCCCCUCAUAACUGAGAACACAGACAAGGACAGCAGGGUUCCUCUGAUCCUGGUGGGGAACAAGUCGGACCUGGUGGAACACAGCAGCAUGGAGACCAUACUGCCCAUCAUGAACCGGCACAGUGAGAUAGAGACAUGUGUCGAGUGUUCAGCAAAGAACCUGAAGAACAUCUCAGAGCUGUUCUACUAUGCUCAAAAGGCCGUCCUGCACCCCACAGGUCCUCUUUACUGUCCAGAAAGAAAAGACAUGAAGUCACUUUGUGUCAAAGCCCUGACUCGAAUCUUCAAAGUGUCUGACCUUGACAAUGACGGGAUUCUCAAUGACAACGAGCUCAACUUCUUUCAGCGGACAUGCUUCAACACCCCACUAGAGUCUCAAGCGUUGGAGGAUGUAAAAAAUGUGGUGAGGAAGAAUUUGAGUGACGGAGUUUGUGACAAUGGACUCACUCUGAAAGGCUUCCUGUUCCUCCACACCUUGUUCAUCCAGCGAGGUCGCCAUGAAACGACGUGGACCGUGCUCAGGAGGUUUGGGUAUGACGAUGACCUGGAGUUAAAUCAGGACUACCUCUUCCCUCCGUUGAAAGUUCCUCCAGGCUGCACCACAGAGCUCAACCACAAUGCCUACCUCUUCCUCCAGAGCGUCUUUGACAAACAUGACAAGGAUCGUGACUGUGCCUUGUCACCAGAGGAGACGAGGGACCUGUUUGAUGUUUUUCCAUACAUGCCAUGGGGUCCAGAUGUCAAUAACACAGUUUGCACUAAUGACCAGGGCUGGAUCACUUACCAGGGAUAUCUCUCCCAGUGGACGUUAACAACGUAUCUGGAUGUCCAGCGAUGCCUGGAGUAUUUGGGUUACCUUGGUUACUCAAUAAUUGCUGAGCAGGAGUCCCAAGCAGCAGGGAUUACAGUGACCAGAGAUAAGAAGAUUGACCUGCAGAAGAAGCAGACCCAGCGCAGCGUCUUCCGCUGUAAUGUCUUUGGGGACAUUGGCAGUGGCAAGAGUGGCUUCCUCCAAGCCUUCCUGGGUAGAAACCUCAUGCGCCAAAAAUGGAUUAGAGAGGAGCACAGAUCCUACUAUGCCAUCAGCACAACCUAUGUUUACGGCCAGGAGAAAUACCUUCUUCUUCAUGAAGUGUUCCCAGACUUUGACUACCUGUCUGAUGCUGAGCUGGCCUGUGACAUUGUUUGCCUGGUUUAUGAUGUCAGCAACCCUUACUCCUUUGAAUACUGCGCCAAAGUCUUCAAGCAAUACUUCAUGGACAGCAAGAUUCCAUGUAUGAUGAUAGCGGCAAAGUCAGACCUGCCAGAGAUCAAACAGAUGUACGGCUGCACUCCUCUGGAGUUCUGCAGGAGGCACAAGAUGCCACCUCCCCAGUCCUUCACCUGUAACACGGCAGCAGCACCCAGCAGAGACAUCUACAUCAAACUUACCACUAUGGCCAUGUACCCCCACGCCCGGCUGCGCUGUAUGUGCACUUGUAACCGGUGCACCUUCUGCUUGUGUCAGAACUUCCUCAACUCUGAGCUGCUGCAGACGGUCAGGGCCAAACUCUACGCUGUUGUACUGAGAAGCAGACAUGUAAGCCAAGCGGACCUGAAGAGCUCGACCUUCUGGCUGAGAGCGAGUGUCGGGGCCACAGUGUUUGCAGUGCUGGGCUUCGCCAUGUACAGAGUACUGCUCAAACCACGGUGAUCCUCGGGCACCUGGGGCCAACCCUCUUUACUCCAUGGUACACAUAGAGCUAUUUUGACCAGUCACUACAUUUAGCUUACCUACUUGCAUUUAGUAAAUGAAAAUCUAUUUAAAGUCUCCCAUGGUUGUGUAUCUUAAAGGAACAGUUUAACCCAAAAUCAAAAAUACAUAUUUUUCCUCUUAACUGUUAGU